AUGAAAGUUUUAGAAAGAAGAAUUAAAGAACAUAUUUACCACGCAAACAAAAACGAUGUCCGUGAUUAUUUUUAUGUUCAUUUCCAGCUAUUAGAAACCGAUGAAAGUGAAAAAAGAAGUGCGGGCGCUGUUAACCGUAAACAUUUCAAAGGGCUUGCGAUCUUUUCUAGUGAACCACGUAUCUGGCCAGGAGCGGUUGUUCCAUACGAACUCGUACCAUAUCUGAAUGAUACUCAACGAGGACACGUACGAUAUGCGAUAAAUGCGUUUCAAAAAAAUACAUGCAUAAAAUUCCGGAAGCGAACAGAACGUGAUAUGUAUUACUUGUUGAUUACUGCAAUACCCAAGAAGUGGUGUUAUAGCGUCAUCGGUCGGGAUAUUUCUUCUCAUCCGACAAAUGAGGGCAAGUUCAUUAGUGAUUUGAAUAUGGAUCCUGAUUGCUUUAACAGGCCAGCUAUGAUUCAUGAACUGAUGCAUAGCAUCGGCUUUUACCACGAACAUCAAAGAGAGGAUCGCGAUCCACUCGUUACCGCAGGCCCUCCUGAAUUUCCAGAUCCCGCACGCGAUUAUGCUAAUCGGGGAAUGACUAUCUCGAGAACUCAGGCACAAUACAUGGGUGGAGGUCUGGUAGCCCCAACAGAAGAUAUUUGGCAAGGAAUAAUGCUAUAA